AUGGCGAUCGCGCGGAGCCACGUCGUGUCGCGCCCGGCGGCGGCGGCGCGGUACGGGUCGUCUCCGGACCUGCUGGCGGCGUCGCUGCAGCAGUCGUUCCGGUACGCGCGGCUGUGGACGGCGUUUCAGCAGUUCUUCGGCUUCUUCGCCUUCCUCCUCACGCUCUGGUUCGUCACCGCGCGCCCCUGGCACUCCGCCGACUCCCGCGCCGCAAACUCCGCCGCAAACGCCGGCGCGACCUCCCGUCUCGGCGGAAACUCCGGAAGCGGAUUCACCGGCGGGAGCAGCGCCGGCGGCGGCGGCGGGAAACUAACAGGUCCCGCGGCGUACGUAGUGGUGGUGUGCGACGAGUCGCAGUUAAAGUCCGCCAUGGUGCUCGUGCACUCGAUCCGAUCCACCAAGACGGAGCACGAUAUCGUCGUGCUCGCGCGCAACCUCUCCGGCACGCCGCGCCACAUCUUCCGCGCGCUCGGCGCCACCGUCAACCCGCUUCCGCGCGGCGUCCCCGCGUCCGUGCUCGCGCUGCUCGACGACCCCUUCCGCCCCACCACUUCCGCCUCUCCCUACCUCAACCAAUCCUUCGCGCGCGCCGCCGCGGACUCCGCGGAAAACCCCUUUUCCGCGAACCCCGCGGCGGAGUUCUCUCCGCCCUUCCCCCCAACGACCUUCGCGGACCCCUUUUCCUUCAGCUCCGUCUACUCCCCGCCGCCGCACCCCGCGGCGCUCGCGGAGUGCCUGCCGUUCAAAUUCUCCAUGUGGCUGCUGCGCCAAUACUCUAAAGUUGUCUACCUCGACCCGCGCAUGCUCGUCCUUGAGAACAUUGACGACGUGCUGGCUCGGCCCGAGCCUACCGCAGCUCCGGACAACUCCCUGCCGGACCGGUUCAACCCGAGCCUGCUGGUGCUGGAGCCGAGCGUGGCGACGUACCGCCAGCUCGUCGCGGAAUACGCCGCCAUCGCAUUCGGCGACGUGGACAGCGACAGUGACAGCGCGAGACGCACCCUCGCAGCAGGAGACCCCGACCAGGCGCAGACGCAGCAGGAGGGGCGGCAGGAGGGGCAGCCUCAGCAGCAGCAGCAGCAGUGGGGGUUGCAGCGGCGGCUGCGGCGGGGGCCGGUCCUCCCAGUGGGGUCGGAGGACCUGAUCUUCUUCAACCACUUCUUCUCCGACUGGCCGCAGCUGGGCGCGAAGCACCACCUGGACUACGGGUGCAACGCGCCGUCGCGCCUGGGGUACUCCGCCACGUGGAACGAAUGGGUGCACCCCAAGCUCAAGGUCGUGCGCUUCGCUGGCGGCUUCGAGCGCUGGGACGAGCUCACGGACAAGCUGUACCCGCCCACACGGCGGUAUGAUCAUCUCAGGUGGGAGCUGCUCCGCGACAUGUCGGGGCUGCUCGUGCAGCACGGCGUCAUUGCACCGGCGGACGCGCUGCCCAGCCCGCUGUGCCAGACGGACUUCAUGCAGUAUGCGCGCGGGGCGCCCGUGCCGAGAAAGCUGUCGGUGGUGAUCCUCACGGGCGGGGACCUGACGACGCUGCAGACGCUCAUAUUCCACUUCGCCGCCAUGCGCUUCGUGCACAUGAUCUACGUUAUGGCCAAACCCAGCGAGGCUGUGGGAGGGGGGAGUGCUGCUGCUGGUGGUGGUGGUGUUGGGGGGGAGUCCUCAGGAGGAUUCAACCUUGGUGGCAGCAGCGGAGGGAACACAGGGAGCAGCAGCAGUGGUGGCAGCGCGUGGGCGCAGGGGCACACGCAGAGCAUCCUAGCGGCGGCCAUCGAGUCGUGGAACGCCAGCAAGCCUGUCGAGCUGCUCCCGCCGCUGCGCCGCUACUCCAUGUCGGCGCGCAUGCGCCCCAUCGCGUCCCUCCCGACGGACUGCGUGCUGAUGUGCGACGACUCGGUGAUGGUGGGCGCGUCCGUGCUGUCGUCCGCGUUCAAGUUCUGGCAGGAGCAGCCGCAGCGCCUGGUGGGGUUCUUCCCGUCCGCGCACUACCGCGACCCGCACACGAGCGAGCUGGUGUUCGUGGCGGACCCCCGCGAGGAGUACUCCAUGGUGGGCGCAAGGCUGCUGCUGCUGCACGCCGACUACCUGCAGUCGUACACCUGCACGCUGCCUCAGUCACUGCGUCACUACAUCCAGAUGCCCCCUCAGUGCGCCCUGUGCCUGCACCCUCACCUCUGCCGCUCUUCCCCCCACAAGCUUCCCCUGCCCCCUCACACGCCAGGCAGUGCGGGACCACAUGGAGAUGUCACCGCAGUGCGCCCACGCAUCCUUCAACUUCCUCACCAGGCUUUCUUGCUCAACCAAAACGACCCUUUCCACGUACCCUCCCUUCCCCCCCCCUCUAUGCACUCGUCACGCCAGCAAGUGCGCGACUACAUCGAGAUGUCCCCGCAGUGCGCCGACGCGGCUCUCAACUUCCUGGCCUCCGAGCUCACGGACGCGGCACCCUUACUCGUCGUGGACCCCGACAAGCGCGUCACGGAGGACCUCGCGUCGUCGUUCGAGGACCACACGCGCGUGGGGUCGGCGUGCCUGAAUGAUCUCGAGGCCUUCUUUGGCGACAUGCCGCUGCGCAACUCCACUCUUGCCAAGUUCCACCUGGAGCAGGACACCUUCACCAAGAUGCAGUUCAACAAGGCCGGGGGUGGGGGUGGGGGAGGGGGAGGGGGUGGGGGCGCAGGGGGAGGGGAGGGGGAGAAGGACGGGGGGCUGCAGUGGGAGGCGCUGUUUGACGCCACCAAAAUGUCGUCCAGCGAUGAGAACUUCCGCUUCAUGCCCUCUCUCAGACGGGUGACGAACAUGCCAGAGGUGCACGUCUUCCCCUCGCCUCAGCACCCCAAGCAGAUCCUCUGCAUCCAGGGGAACCUCUCCACACCGCUUUGUUUCUCCGGGGGCGCGUGCAACAACUCGUUCGCCAUCGCCACCUUCGAUUCCAUCCCACCGUCCGCGCUCAUGCUGUUGGGCACGUCGCUGCUGCUGCACUCGCGCUACGGCUUUGACGACCGCUUCCACACACCCAACAUCCUCGCCAACCUCUUCUACCCCUACCCCGACUACUCCUUCAUGCGCCCCGCUCGUGCCUUCUUCUACCGCCGCGGCGGGCUCGACAUGCGCCUGUCGCCCUGGUCGCGCCUGCUGUUCAAGGCCAUUCUUGGGGCGCACAUCGCGCCGUUCCGCGUGCGCAACGGCACGCGCCCCGUGUGCUUUGAGCGUGGGGUGAUGACGCGGCGGUACCGGCCGGCAGCACAGGAGAGGAGCAUCGUGCUGCAGGACGUGCAGGAGCGCGCCUGGGCCUACUGCUCCCUCGCCGCCUCCUCCAUCCCUUCUCCCUCUGCUACCGACGCUGCUGCUGCCGCUGGGAACAGCACAGCAGGGGCAGGGGCAGGGGCGGGGGCGACCCAGCAGCAUCCGAUGGCGGGGGUGCCGCCAGGGCUGCGGGGGUUUGUGAGUUCCGACGCCCACACGAUCCGUGUGCUGGUGCUGUAUGGCGAUGCGGACAGUGGGGGGUACGGCAUGAUGGAGAACCUACAGGCUGUGCUCAAGGGGCUGAGGGACCGCUGUCACAAGGCCACUGCGUGCGAGCUGGUGGCAGUGAGGGAGGCUAACUUCACCAACUUCUGUGCGCAGGUGCUAUUCAUGGGAGCGGCGUCCAUGCUGGUGACAGUGAGUGGAGACGGCACCAUGAACCAUGUCAUGUGGAUGCGCCCCGGCAGUGCCGUGCUGGAGCUAGUGCCCUUCGGCAUCCCUGAGUAUGACCCACGCGUGCUCAGAGUCUAUGAGGAAGCUUCUAGGUGGGUGAGGGUGGAGCACGACAAGGUGUUUGAGCUCAUGGGCCCCGAAUGCCCGCGCAAGAACGCGUCAUGCCGCUUCAUGUACCGCCGCCGUGCCAUCGUGGCCAACGUGACAGCUGUCAUGGCGUGGUUCGACGCCACGUACACGCGCAUGCGCACCGAGGGGAAGGAGGGCACGCUGGGAGGCAGAUACGGUCUAUCCUCUCCCCCAAACUCUGCCUCUCCUCCUGUGCUGUUGCCUGCCGAUUUCUUUCCUUCCUUAACCCACCCGCCCCACUCGCUGCCUUCCCGCCCUUCCUCCUCCCCCCUACUAGUAGUACCACCACGGCCGCUGCUGCUGCGGGUCCUCCCUGCUGCUCCCUGCAAGACACGAGCUCCCUCACAGACUCCCCUCCCAACAACUAACGGGCUCUUUGAACGCCUCCCCGCAACUAACGGGCUCUUUGAACGCCUCCCCGCAACUAACGGGCUCUUUGAACGCCUCCCCGCAACUAACGGGCUCUUUGAACGCCUCCCCGCAACUAACGGGCUCUUUGAACGCCUCCCCGCAACUAACGGGCUCUUUGAACGCCUCCCCGCAACUAACGGGCUCUUUGAACGCCUCCCCGCAACUAACGGGCUCUUUGAACGCCUCCCCGCAGCUAACGGGCUCUUUGAACGCCUCCCCGCAGCGCGAUGGCGCGGAUGGCUGCAGUGGCUGCGAUGGCGGGCAGCAUCAGCAUGGGCCAUUGAGGUUGUCAACUUUCGUGCUCAUGCCAUGCCAUUCUCUGAUGCCAUUUCCUUCUCUCCUCCUACAGGUGGGCCUCGCAUACUUUGCAAGCUCCGCCCUCGUGUUUCUGCUGUAGUGGGUGGGUGUAUCACCAGCGCGAUGUGGAAAGUGGUUGCAGCAGCAGGGCUUGGCGCUGAUGGUGGAGAUGGCAGGGCUGAGGAGGAGUGCGGCCAUGGCUUUCUUGGAUUGCAGGGUACGUUUGUCGUGCCAUCGUCCGUCAACUCCGCCAUGCUCAUCGCCCCACAUCCAAGUGAGCACGCGCCACCUCACUGCCUGCAACCAACAUCGCCCGUGUUGCGCCACCAGUUUCUCGUGGUUGCGGCAGCAGGGAAGCCAUAG